AUGCCUAUCAAACUACUUGACUUUCCAGUAGAUAUUCAAGCUAGAAUAUUGAAUGAAUUAGCUUUUACUGAACUGUUCAAAUUUGCCCAAUGCUCUAAAAAAUCUGGAAAGAAGGCCAAACUAGCACACACCAAAGAAUUGAAAUUGGAACUCAACCUGAGCUCCAGUUGGAUUAUGAUUGACAAUGUCAUGAAAAUAGAGGCGCAAAAAUUUCGGCUUGGAGACGAGAGAAAAGUCACAGGAUUCCAAUAUUUUGACGACAUGAGAGCCGCGUAUUACUACGAGAAUCCGACGAAAAUGGUUAGCUUUUGGGAGAACCGAACGAACGGAUUAAAGACAAUGUUCGUGCACUUCUCUAAUCUCUUUGAAUGCCCGACACACUCCGUGAGAUCCGAUGCGUCGGUUCCUGCAACAACAUUCCUGCUGAUUGUACAUAAGAUAACCUCAUCGCAGCAAGAAAUCAAGAGUCUGGACAUUGCUGCUAAAUCGUUGGUUGAGAAUAAUGUGAAAUGGAUUCUGGAUAAGCUCACUAUCACGGAAGAGUUGACACUAGGAGAAAAACUAUCAGAUGAUUUUGGAAGGAACAAUCAGAUCCGAUUUGAUGCCAAACAAAUUUUCAUUUUCAACGCCUCCUGGAUUUGCCCUCAAAAUUUGGCUGCUAUGAAAAACUGCGUGUCAAUUGAACUAGAUGGGACAGUGUUGAUUGGGCAGGAUGUUGUUAAAUUUUUCGAGGAAUGGAGAGAAGGAAUGUAUCAGAAUUUGGAGUAUUUUUCGCUGAAAAGUGAGAAAUUAAAACACGAUUUCACUCUUCCUGGAUUCGACAAGCUUGAGCAAGGAGAACAGAUUUAUCACAAAUUGAAAAUGUUCCAACUAUUAUCGUAUUAUCAUAUUCCAGGGUCAACAAUCGCCACAAAAUCAUACGGGGCUACGUAUCAAUAUGGCGGAACGACGGCGUUGAAGGAAGGGUCAGAUAUGAUAAGAACUAUCGAGAAGUGCAGAUCAAAAUCCCAUUCUGAUAAGAUAAGCCGCCAGAAAAGUGCCGAAAAUUCCGGAACUACCGUAUUUGCUUCAAUAGAAGCCGACGCAUACUUUGAGCUCAAUUAUCUUGGUACUGUAGUACAAAUAUUAGCAAUUUCGUCGGUCACCUUAUUUUGUUGGGUUCCAUGCGAAAGCGUUCGCCAAAACUGUUCUUGUAUAUUUGAGCUACGGUUGUAUCCUAUUAUUCGGCUGGAAAAUGAGAUCGACAACAAUGCCAACCAAGAAGACGAAGAUCCAAUCAUGCAAGAAUCUGUGGUCCAUUUUGGUAUUGGAUUCGUUUUUGGAGUAAUCAUCACGAGCGUUGCCUUUUGGUUUUCCCACUGGACCUGA